AUGUCAUAUCCAGAAAGUGUUAGGGGGGACAGGCUCUUCUCGUUCAAACAAUAUGUCUGUGUAGUCACCGGCGGUAGAACUGGCAUAGGACUCAUGGCAACCCAAGCACUCAUCGCCAACGGCGCACGAGUCUACAUCCCCAGCAUUGUAUGCGACGUAACCAACAAGGAGGAUCUAAUGCACCUCGUGGGACAGAUCGAGAAACGUGAGCGCUACGGCGUCGACCUGCUAGUCACUGCGGCGGGGUCUGAAGGCGAGCGCAGCACAGCGCCCAAAAUGGACGCCAAGGAGCUGCAGCAGAUGCUGUUCGCCGAAGACCAGAUGAAAUGGAUUUCGACAUUUAACACCAACGUGUCCGCCAUGUACUUCACAACGGUCGCCUUCCUGCCGCUGCUCCAGAAGUGCAGUAGCGACGGGCACGCGAAAGCCUCCGUUAUCGUCGUUGCCUCCAUGUCAGGCCUCAAAUCCCACCUAAGUGGCUACUUCUCCAACAGCGCUUCCAAGGCCGCCACCGUCCACCUGUCCAAGAUGAUGGCGUACGAGUUCAAGGACUUCAAUGUGCGUGUCAACUGUAUUGCGCCUGGCUACUUCCCGUCCAAUGACAAGGAAGAGGGUACCGCCCAUAAGGGUAGGCCGUCGAAGGAACAAACUCUGUUGGACCCGGCUGGGGAAAAGAAAUGGACUGAGAGCGAAAUAGCGCAGGGCGUGCUAUUCCUUGCAAAAAAUCGGUCUGUCACCGGCGAGGUCCUCAAUAUUGACAAUGGCGAGUUCUUGCGCAACCCUGUUCAUUAA